AUGCCGCGGAGGGGCGCGGAGGCGCAGCUCGCCCUGCUGCUGGCCGUGGCGUGGUUGGCGCAGCCGCUGCGCGGCGGCUAUCCCGGCAUGAGCAUGUUCGCCGUGCAGACGGCGCAGCCCGACCCCUGCUACGACGAGCACGGGCUGCCCCGCCGCUGCAUUCCCGAUUUCGUCAACUCGGCCUUCGGCAAGGAGGUGAAGGUGUCGAGCACCUGCGGGAAGCCACCGUCGCGCUACUGCGUGGUCACGGAGAAGGGCGAGGAGCAGCUCCGCUCCUGCCACCUCUGCAAUGCCUCUGACCCCAAGCGCGCCCACCCGCCCUCCUUCCUCACCGAUCUCAACAACCCGCACAACCUGACAUGCUGGCAGUCCGAUAGCUACGUACAGUACCCGCACAACGUCACCCUCACUCUGUCCCUUGGCAAGAAGUUUGAAGUGACCUACGUGAGCCUGCAGUUCUGCUCGCCGCGCCCCGAGUCCAUGGCCAUCUACAAGUCCAUGGACUACGGGAAGACCUGGGUGCCCUUCCAGUUCUACUCCACGCAGUGCCGCAAGAUGUACAACAAGCCCAGCCGCGCCACCAUCACCAAGCAGAACGAGCAGGAGGCCAUUUGUACCGACUCACACACGGACAUGCGGCCCCUCUCCGGCGGCCUCAUCGCCUUCAGCACCCUGGACGGCCGCCCCACGGCCCACGACUUCGACAACUCGCCCGUGCUGCAGGACUGGGUCACGGCCACCGACAUCAAGGUGACCUUCAGCCGCCUGCACACCUUCGGCGACGAGAACGAGGAUGACUCCGAGCUUGCCCGCGACUCCUACUUCUACGCUGUGUCCGACCUGCAGGUCGGCGGCCGCUGCAAGUGCAACGGCCACGCGUCGCGCUGCGUACGUGACCGCGACGACAACCUGGUGUGUGACUGCAAGCACAACACGGCCGGUCCCGAGUGCGACCGCUGCAAGCCAUUCCAUUAUGACCGGCCCUGGCAGAGGGCGACGGCCCGGGAAGCCAACGAGUGCGUGGCCUGCAACUGCAACCUUCAUGCCCGGAGAUGUCGCUUUAACAUGGAACUCUACAAGCUGUCGGGGCGCAAGAGCGGAGGUGUCUGCCUCAACUGCCGGCACAACACGGCGGGCCGGCACUGCCACUAUUGCAAGGAGGGCUUCUACCGUGACCUGACCAAGCCCAUCUCCCACAGAAAAGCCUGCAAAGAAUGCGAUUGCCACCCUGUGGGCGCCGCUGGCCAGACCUGCAACCAGACCACGGGCCAGUGUCCCUGUAAGGACGGCGUGACAGGCAUCACGUGCAAUCGAUGUGCCAAAGGCUACCAGCAAAGCCGGUCACCCAUCGCCCCCUGCAUAAAGAUCCCUGCUGCUCCCCCCACGACUGCAGCCAGCAGCACAGAAGAACCUGCAGAUUGUGACUCAUACUGCAAGGCGUCCAAGGGGAAGCUGAAGAUCAACAUGAAGAAGUACUGUAAGAAAGACUACGCUGUUCAGAUCCACGUCCUGAAAGCGGAAAGAAAUGCCGACUGGUGGAAGUUCACGGUCAACAUCAUCUCCGUCUAUAAACAAGGGAGCAACCGGAUACGGCGCGGAGACCAGACCCUGUGGAUCCACUCCAAGGACAUAGCGUGCAAGUGCCCCAAAAUCAAGCCCAUGAAGAAGUACUUGCUGCUGGGCAACAACGAGGACUCUCCGGACCAGAGCGGCAUCAUUGCGGACAAAACCAGCCUGGUGAUACAGUGGCGGGAUACGUGGGCCCGGCGGCUCAGGAAGUUCCAGCAGCGGGAGAAGAAGGGGAAGUGCAAGAAGGCCUAG